GCGGCGCCAACUGGACAACAGCAAACCUUAUUUCGGCUCCAUCUGUGUCCGAAUCCACUCAAUUCGACGUCAACCUCGACUUCUUCUCCAUGCUGGCCACAGCCGCCCCAGGGCCACGAGGGCAGCAACCGCUGUGGCUUGCUCCCCGGGGCUGUGGCCGGCGAUGGCACUGGAUCAGAGGCUUCAUCGUCAGCCGGCACUUGCAGCGCUUCCUUUGACCACGGCGUUUAUCCUUUUGCUGUCAGGACUUGGCCACGCAAGAGAAGCAAGCCCAAGACCUUCAAAGCCACACGGAAGACACAGACAUCCGGGCGGCUGCUAUGAAUAUAUACUACAUUGACAAGGUGCUAACAAAGUGCCAUAGGUAUUGGUGCAGCCAAGCGAGGGGUAGUUGUUAGUGAAACGCCGCAUCGAGGCGGGAGAGAGAUGGCUUGUUCCCAGCAGUCUGGAACCAGUGAGAUUCUCAUCCAUGUCCCCCAAAACACCAUCUCAGGAUAGCUUGCCACCACACAGACGAACUCAUGAUGCGUUCGCAACAACAUCAAUUGCCAGCUGCAAACACGAGAAGGACCUCGUUCAGCAUUGAUCCUUGAUAUAAACCAAUUUCCUCUGGUUUUUCUUGGUGGCAUCGCAGCUUUCCUAGCCUAGCGCCGAGAGGUUGCGGUCAAAACGUCGAGACGUUUCAAAGACCUCACCUUGGACCCCCCGGCCCUUGCAAGCACCCCCUGUCCCCCCUACCAUUCGGAUGUCUCGAGAUGCGCUGCAGGUGGAUGCGUGCGAGUGCACCUUCAGACGAUCCUUCACUUUCCCGCCGGGACCAUAUUCAUGCUUUAAAUCACGGCACGUCCCAGACCUCCUGGCCUGACCUUCUCUUUUUUCCUCUUCAUCUGUCCAUAGUCUUCAGUUCAGGUGUCGUCCUGUUUUCUUAAUCUUUUUCCUCUCUCUUCUCUUCUUCGCCGUCAACCAUUCUUUUGACCCUUUACCAACUACCAGGCUAGACCUGUAAUAUUCACACAGCGCCAGUCGCUUUAUUAUCAGAAAACAACUUAACAAACACUCUCUUUUUCGACGAGCCGGACACUCGCUUCAAACCUCCCCUUUUUAUUUUAUCACCAAACAACACAAACCCACACACACAUAUACCUCAAAAUGCAGUUCAAGACACUUGCCCUUGCCGCUCUCGCGAGCUUGGCCUCCGCUCAAAGAACCUGGGUUGUCACCGUUGCGCAGAACGGCAGCCUCACCUUUUCCCCGGACAACAUCAAGGCCGCACCAGGCGAGUUUGUCCAGUUCCAGUUCCUCGCUGGCAACCAUACCGUCACUCAGUCCACCUUCGACAAGCCAUGCCAACCCAUCGCCAUGCACAGCAACGCUACCGGCUUCCACUCCGGCUUCCAGCCCGUGGCCGCCUCUGCCUCGAUGGGCAUGAUCCCCACCUACACCAUCCAGAUCAACAACACCAACCCCCUCUGGCUCUACUGCGCUCAGGGCCGUCACUGCGAGAACGGCAUGUCCAUGGUCAUUAACGAGCCAGCAACCAACCCCAACCGCACCCUCGCCAACUACAAGGCCCUUGCCGCCCAGGCUCAGACCAUUCUCCCCGGCGGCAGCGCCUCGGGCGGCCAGACCGGCAGCACCGACUCCCCCACCACUCCCCCCACCGGCACCACCCCCGAUGGCGAGACCGCCCCCGGCACCGAGACCUCCGAGAGCGCCUCCCCAAGCGUCACGGCUGGUGCUGGCAUGCUCGCCGCGCCAGGAGCCUUUGUGCUCUUUGCCGCCGGUGCUGUCGCCAUGCUUCUUUAAUGUCCUUUUUUACCACCUGGGUAUUAGAGUGAUGUUUUUUUCAAUUUCAAAAGGCAGGAGGAGGAAUUUAAUAUUUUUUGGGACUUGUUUCAAAGGGAUAAACAGGAGGCUACCUAUCUAGCCCUCGGGUUUUGGGGCUGGGUGAGUGGGGAUGAUGAUACCAAAGAGAGAAAGAGCCUGGUGAAUGGAGUCGUUUUAUGUUGUUCAAUUCUAGGGGGAGAUAUCUUGGUGUACAUAAUUCUUUGUUGUGGUUGCAUGAUAUCGCCCCGGUGUUCUUUUUUUUAUUGUUUUUUUGACUUGGGGCUUAUUGCAAAAGGAAACCAAUGUGUUUUUCUAUUGCAUUUUUUAGCUGUAUCAAAAUUUAUAUGUGGUGUUGUUUAUGGUAACCUUUUUGUUCAAGAAU